UCGGGGCGGGCGCGCGCGGGCACUGCUUGUUAGCCACGCCCCUGUCCCGGGGGUCCGCCACUGCGCUGUGGGGGGGGCCCGCGGGAGCGAGGCCGGAGGUGUUGGGGCGCGUUGGGCAGAGCCCCCCUCCUUCCUGCGGCCCAGGCACCAUUUACCCCGCGGGAGGAAGCGGCUCUGGGGGGGCGCGGCGGCCGCUGCGAGCCGAGCUGCGGGGCCGGGGACGCGCCUGCGAGACUUGCGAGGGUUCCGGGGCGCGCCUUCCCGUCGUCUCCCGGGCCGGGCACCGAGCGGAAAUUGGGAAGUGACGGGCACGAGCCGGAUCAUGGAGCGGGGAAGAUUUCUCCACUUCCCCACUUCCUCUGCAGACGUCGGUCAGAGCAAGGGAAGAGGGAAAAGGUGGGGGCUCACGCCCCAAGGCCGCCCUCGCGUUCCCUCCCGAUGAAUGCUCCCGAGCCGAAGGUAACGGGGCCCUUGGACGUUUCUCGGGCUGGGAUCUGUUAGUAUUGUGUGGUCUGGGUCUACCAGAACAGUUACUCGCGGGUAUAGGAGGGGCCCCUUCCGAACCACCUUGGCCUUUGACUGUUGUUAGGUGAGUUAGACGUGGCAGGUACGCGCUUUCCAAACCCUCAACCGUGGGUUUUUUCUCUUUGGGCUCGAUUCUACAAGUUGGAAACCCCGAUCAUUCACAUGUGGAAGGAGGUUUGUUUUAGGAGGGCCCUUUCUCUGUGCCAAGCCCGUGCCCCAGGGCGGUGCCCCCGGUCUAGUCUUCCGUUUAUAAGCUUGGUAACUUUGCAAAGGGCACAGUCUGUGUCUGGGGGGAACCUCGGGGGGGGCGUGCGAUAGGGCUUCGUUAAACAUUGGCUAAACAUGAUUUACUUACUAGUGGUCAUUGCUUGAGUAACCUAAUCCUCCGGUUUAGGUCCCUAGUUUGCCUUUUUUCCUAAAAAAAUGUGUCGCCAUAAUUUAGGCCUGGCUUCUUUUUUGGGACCCAGUUGUCUUUUUUCAUAGUCUGGGUUCUUUUACCCUGAGGGCGCCUUUUUUUUUUUUUUUGAAUUGCUGGCAAGAUUUGGUGGCACAGCCCUUGUGUACGUGGUCAGCCUCCAUUCCACUGGGAACAGAUCAGAGUUAACUUUGCCCUGCCAGCUUCAAGGACGCAACCUGGGAGUAUCUGCUGCCCUGUUCCUGGUGUUGGAGUCGUACCUGCUGACACACUGUGUGAGAAGUUUCGAGGAUAGGAGAUAAAUGUGGGUGCAGGUGCCUCUUCCUACCGAGGUACUUCAUUUGCUGUCCUGGAAAGGCACAUCUUUUGGGCCAUUCCUUGUCCUUUCUGUCAGUGGGGGAAGUGUAAAAAGUUCUUGUCUCUGCUAGGAUGGGUUCCUUGUUCUGCAUUAAUGCUGCAUUCUAUUUCCCUCAACUCAGGUUAUGUGAGUCCAUGGCUAUCCGGAGUCGGGCUUUCCUGCUGGCUGCUCUGAGGCAGACUGUAGAGUGCUUGGAUUUUUGCUUUUGUUAAUUUUUUUUUCUUUUGAGUAAGAGUGGGAAGGGCUUCAUUUAGAUUGGGCACUUGGCUAGGAAAUGAAUGGUGUCUGUGACUCUUAAUUAGUGUUCUCUCUUUAAUCGGCCUGCUAAGUUUCUUUUGUGGUUUUCAGGCAGGGUGAUUAGUAGAUUGGGAGACUAGAAUCCAGCAUUUGAGGGCAGUCUCCAUGGAGUUCAUGUGGUGAAGAAGCUUGUUUUCAGGUGGUAGAGAAAGCUGGGCAUUUGCCUGAGUUUGCUUAGGGCCGACACCAAGUGAUGGGGUGAAGUGCAUGCUUGUGCGUGGUUUCUAGGCCUCCUGGCUGACUCCCUGUGGGAACUAGAGGGAAGUUUUGUGCAUCUUGCCUCUGAGCGCUUGAGUGUGCAAAAUGCACUGACUUCCUCAGGGUGGAGUGAUGUUGAACUGUUGUUUGUAGCCAUGCUGGAGUGUAUUACAGCUCCUGAUAUACUUUGACGAUGGGAAAGAUUGGGGCAUCCCGUUCUUCACUGACGCCUUUCUGUCUCUUCAGGGUGAAGGAAAGUGAGGUUUUUAAGUUGAGAAUGCAGUGAAAAAGGCUGACCAUCACUCUUAUCAGUUCUUGGGCUGAGAAUGGGCAUUUGAUUUAGUGUUGACUGUUAGGUCUUUGAAAAGCACAGAAGUUUGGCACUGAACAGGACAACCAGUUCUGUUUUAUUUCCUAGGAAAAAAACAUUGUUGCUUGGUUACCCCAGCAACUUAGAUAUGAUUUGAUUUGUAGAGAAAAAUCUCCAUAGCAACAGCAGGUUGUAACCACUCUCCACAGCUACAUUCUGUUGGGUAUUCGAAAAUGAAGUACGAGAGUCACUGGCAGCUUCAGGAACCAUUUCAGAUUUCAUGGGAGGUCUGAAAAGCAGAGGAGGAAAAUGUCUCCUCUGCCUUUUUUUGUGGGUGGCCAUUCUUCCCUCCUAUACAGAGCUUUGUAGUUUCAAGUUAGAACUUUUUAUUCUUUUUGGGAUAGGAAAGCUCAUUUUACUGGACUCUCUUAACUUUGGUGCUGGGGGAAUUGUGAUGCCAUCAGACCAUUAGAUCUUUGCAAAAUAUUGCUUGCUAGUCCCUUUAAAUGCAUCGGGUUUCUUUCAGAGAUUACUUUCUUGAACCUGAUCUGUAGGCAUGUGGGUCACGGGAGUUCUCUGGAUCCCUGGUUUUUCUUCAUUCUUCUAGGAGUAGUAAGGUUCCUGAGCAUCGUUGAUUGCACCUUAAGGGAUAGUUGAUCAUCUACGGCUGAGUUUGGCUAUUCCCCAUCAUGGCACUUAGCCCUGAUAUCAUGGAGUCAGUUGGACAACCUAUUCACAUUUCCCUCCAAAGUCAGGCUUAGGAACUUCCUGAUAGAAUUGUAUCAGAUUACUUUGGUGGGGGGGUGUUAUACAUACAGUUCAUCUGGGUGGUCAGUUGAGUUGUACAUGUGAAAUCUUAAUUUUCAAACUAUUUCAUCACUUGGUCUCUUAAUAAAACUCCGCUCAGUAGGGAAUAGAUGGCGAGAUGUCCUGUUGCUCUUGUAAACUCACUGAAAUUUUUUUGGAUGUUUUUUCCUAGCUCAUUGUAGUCUCAGGAAUAUAGUAUGGUUCCUUAAUAUUGUUUGAGUGCCUGGAGCUUCCUUGUCCCCUUUUCUUAAUCUGCCUACAAGUUUCUGCAAAUCUUUCUGUUUUCUGUUUACUUUGAAUGGGCCUGCCGCCUUGCCAUUGCUGUCCAGGUGGUAUUGCUGGUUCCCUGAGUGUCAGCUCAGCCUCUGCUGUUCAGGAGAUCUCAGACCACCAGCACUUGUUUUAAGCUCACUCCACCCAAGGUAGAGAUGAGAGCUUAGAGGACAGGUCUAGUGCCCUGUGGCUUGGCUGAAGGAACACUUAAGCUUGGCAUAGUUGAUAGAUAAGGAAUCAGGUUUUGGCUGUGGGGUGUGAGGACAGAGUUGUGAUAGUUCAUUUUGUUAGUCUGGCAAGUUCCAGGUUUGCAUGUACAGAUGGCAUUAUGUCUCUAGUGUUUUAUUAGAGGCAAGAAAUAAUAUUCUGUAGGGAAUAAGCCUCUGGUUAUUCCUGGAGUUCUGUAGUGUCCCUUACUGUUAUAUAGCUAUUUAUAUUUUCCAAGGUACUUUUGUCUUUUUAUUUGAAUCUCCUAACACUGAGGUAGGUAGGACAGAUUUUUCAGAUAGGGAAAUAAAUUUUAAGUUCCUCAAAAUCUUACAGCAAGUCAGUGAUACAAACCUGGACCUAGAACUGAAGCCUGUUAACUCCUAGCCCAGGAUCCCUUCUAUGUCACACUUCUGACUUAGCCUCGCUGACUGUUUCUGUUCCUGUUAGUGUGAGGGUGUGAGCUGGUGGCAUAGCUCUCAGGUCCAGAGAAAUGACUUGCUGUGUAGGAGUGGCUAGCGAGUACAUCCCAGUAUGAAAGUUUCUAGAAAAGAGGACACUUGUUUGGAGGCUAUUAAAAGGAUUUCUGCUCUUCAAGAAUGCAACCUGAAUAAUUUUAUCCAGGUAGUUGUUCAUUUUGUAAAGCCGAUCUUUAAUGAGAGAGACGGGAUCCUGGUACUUGGUCUCCAUCUUCAGGUAGUCAUGGGUCCAGAAUGGGGUCAGGUGCAUGACCUUAUGUCCCAUGAGCAUGAACCUCCCAUUGUUCCUCAGAUCUUCUUUGCACCAUUGUGGUGUGUGAGUAUGGAAGUAAACAAUUUCUUCCAGCUCCUCCCUGUCCUAAAGUUUUCUCAGUCUACAUGGUAGAUGAGUAGGACUUUGAGAUCAACACCCUGUCUGAGAGCCUCUCCUUUGGAGCUGGGUUGCUGGAAAAACAAGCAUGAGCAUCCACAGCUCCUUCAGAUCUUGGCUGAGGGCCUGAGGGAUAACCUGCUUAGCAGAGCCUGCUAGCUGCAGUAAUUGCAGCUUCUCCCCUGUAGCUGUGAAACCAAAGCUUUCCUGUAAACAGUCUGCUCUGUGGACAGAAGCCCAAGGGAUAAGGUAUACUUCUGUCCCUUGAAGAAGAAAUGGUGGAGGAUAUAAUGUGGCCUCAGGGUGGAGGGGGCUUGGGCCUGAACUUUGUCAGGAGGCUUAGUUUCCAUUCCUAAACCUCAUUGGCUUACAUGGGGUCCACCUUCACCCCUUUUAACUUCAAAUUUAUAGUCUUACUACAGAGUCCUGCCUUAUACAGUAAUUUCUUAGGAAUAGGUUAAUAUAAUGAAGUAGCACUGAAGAGCUGAGAUUCUGGUCCUGGCUCUAACUGUUACUAGCGUUAUGGUUUGGGGCAAACCAUAUAAAUUCCCCGAGCCUGUUUGCCCAUCUAUAAAAUGGGCAUAAUGAUGCUUAUGCUCUGCCUACUUCAUAGGAUUGUUGUGAGAACUGUGAAGUGCUGUGUACAAAGAGGAUGAUGAUCCUGGAAUUCUGUGAGCUGCUCAUUGAAGUCUAGCUUUCUUGUCUUAAUUGGACACUGGGCUGAGAGAUGGGCCAUGCCAAGCCAUGAGUGGUCAUUUCCAGUGUUUGAGAGCUAAGCCUUGGACUACGCGUUUGUUCACAUGGAGAAGGAAGCAGAUGCCAAAGCCGCCAUCGCGCAGCUCAACGGCAAAGAAGUGAAGGGCAAGCGCAUCAACGUGGAACUCUCAACCAAGGGUCAGAAGAAGGGGCCUGUCCUGGCUAUCCAGUCUGGGGACAAGACCAAGAAACCAGGGGCUGGGGAUACGGCAUUCCCUGGAACUGGUGGCUUCUCUGCCACCUUCGACUACCAGCAGGCUUUUGGCAACAGCACUGGUGGCUUUGAUGGGCAAGCCCGUCAGCCCACGCCACCCUUCUUUGGUCGCGACCGCAGCCCCCUGCGCCGUUCACCUCCCCGAGCCUCUUACGUGGCUCCUCUGACGGCCCAGCCAGCCACUUACCGGGCCCAGCCCUCAGUGUCGUUGGGAGCUGCCUACAGGGCCCAGCCUUCUGCCUCUUUGGGUGUCGGCUAUCGGACUCAGCCCAUGACAGCCCAGGCAGCCUCUUACCGUGCUCAGCCCUCUGUCUCCCUCGGGGCCCCAUAUAGGGGCCAGCUGGCCAGCCCUAGCUCCCAGUCUGCUGCAGCUUCCUCACUUGGCCCUUAUGGUGGAGCCCAGGCCUCAGCCUCGGCCCUCUCUUCCUAUGGGGGUCAGGCAGCUGCAGCGUCUUCGCUUAACUCCUAUGGGGCUCAGGGCUCCUCCCUUGCCUCCUACGGUAACCAGCCAUCCUCUUACGGCGCCCAGGCUGCCUCUUCCUAUGGGGUUCGUGCGGCUGCCUCUUCCUACAAUGCCCAGGGAGCAGCUUCCUCCCUAGGUUCCUAUGGGGCCCAGGCAGCCUCCUAUGGGGCCCAGUCUGCAGCUUCCUCACUAGCUUAUGGGGCCCAGGCGGCAUCUUACAGUGCCCAGCCCUCGGCCUCCUACAAUGCCCAGUCUGCCCCCUAUGCUGCACAACAGGCUGCUUCCUACUCUUCCCAGCCUGCUGCCUAUGUGGCACAGCCAGCCACAGCAGCUGCCUAUGCCAGCCAGCCCGCCGCCUACGCUGCACAAGCCACUAACCCAAUGGCUGGCUCCUAUGGGGCCCAGCCAGUUGUCCAGACCCAGCUGAAUAGUUAUGGGGCUCAAGCGUCAUUGGGCCUGUCAGGCUCCUACGGGGCUCAGUCGGCUGCUGCGGCCACUGGCUCCUAUGGGGCUGCAGCUGCCUAUGGGGCCCAGCCUUCUGCCACCCUGGCAGCUCCGUACCGCACUCAGUCGUCAGCCUCCUUGGCUGCUUCGUAUGCUGCCCAGCAGCAUCCCCAGGCUGCUGCCUCCUACCGUGGCCAGCCGGGCAAUGCCUACGAUGGGGCAGGUCAGCCGUCUGCAGCCUACCUGUCCAUGUCCCAGGGGGCCGUUGCCAACGCCAACAGCACCCCGCCGCCCUAUGAGCGUACCCGCCUCUCCCCACCCCGGGCCAGCUACGACGAUCCGUACAAAAAGGCUGUCGCCAUGUCGAAAAGGUAUGGUUCCGACCGGCGUUUAGCCGAGCUCUCUGAUUACCGCCGUUUAUCAGAGUCGCAGCUCUCGUUCCGCCGCUCGCCGACAAAGUCCUCGCUGGAUUACCGUCGCCUGCCCGAUGCCCAUUCCGAUUACGCACGCUAUUCGGGCUCCUAUAAUGAUUACCUGCGGGCAGCUCAGAUGCACUCUGGCUACCAGCGCCGCAUGUAGGGUCAUCCUGGGAUGGGCACCACAGGGAGGGGAGGAGAGGUGGGACAGGGCGCAUACCCAGGUUAUAACCACUUGGCCCAUACCUCUCCCAUCUGCGGUUUUUCAUCCCCUCUGCCUGUGGGCCUUCCCUGGAGAUGAUCCUUUGGAGUGCUCAGCAGUAACCUACCUUGUUCCUUUGCCUCAGCAGCAUAUCUUGCCACUGGCUCUAGAUCUGCGGUUUCCCCUCUCCCCUGCCUCCCAUCUCUCCAGAAUGGGAAUUUCUUUUGUUUUUAUUUUUUCCUGGCUCCAUUUUAUUUUUAAUGCGCGAUAUUUAAGGUCGUCUGGAUGGGGAAGCAACCUGCAGCUGAGGUUGGCGGCGCCUUUUUCUUUUUAGAUGUGAGGGAGGCCAGGAAAGGGUUCGCUUAACCAUUUCCUCUGCGCCAAGCUGUGCCAGCAGUCCAGGGGCCCUGACUUUGUCCCUUCGUAGACUGUUGAGACUGGAUUCCCGUUGGAACAGUCAGUUGGUUUAGAUCCACAUCCCUACUGACCACUGAUGUUCUAGCUGAGGUUGAACGGCACAGUCGCACUUCCCUAUCUCCCCAAGUAGGUGGUGUUAGAAAACCUGAAUUUCUUUUCCCUUUUGUAUGGACUACAAUAAAACUUGGGGCAAUUUGCAGUUUGGAAACCUGGUUGUCAUUGUCUUGAUUGCACUCAAGUUUCAGAGGAGCCAGUUAUGACAUCCAGGAAGAUGUGACAGCUGAGGGGAGGCAGCCAGAGAGCUCAGGGUGGGCGAGGAAAGACCUGAAUGUGGGAAUUAGAGUGAUUUCCCUGCUGCCCAGAGGAAUUUAACUCAUCGUCGUCCCACUAGCCUGCCAUCCGUAGGGUUGGAGAGUCCAGGCCAAGUUGCUUAGACUUCUCAGCCCUCAGCUUGACUUAACCACACGAAAAUGCAGUAAACGUGUCGCCCAUUUUCCUCUACCGAUGCUUGACCAUGUUUCCUGACUUGUCUCCUGUUGAGAAACAAACUGUGCUUACAGCGGGAUGGUUCUGGGGUUUGGUUUCUCAAGUGAGGCAGCCAGCAGUGGGGAAUGGGCUGCUCUGGUGCUUACGUGGGCUGGUGGGUCCUGCAGCCAGCGGGCCGAGUGAAUGCUGCGGCUGGGGCCUGAACAGGGGCAGGGGUGAUGUCAGCGUCUGGUACUGCCCUGUCUGGAGAAGGAAGGGACGGGGCAGUUGGAAGCAGGUACGGGGGAUUCUGGCCAUAGACCUAGUAUUUCGCCUGUUGAACUUCACCAUGGAACAUCCUUUCUGUGUCCUGCCAACCCCUGCCGUCAUCGUCACCUGAGACUCCUUUUCCUAUCCCUGUUGGUUGGGCCUUUCAAAUAUCUUGCUGGGUUUGUAUUUGAAAUGUCACAGUAGACUCUGAGAAAGGAGUGGGGUGGAAGCAUAACCAAGUAGAGGUGCUGGGGUUGGGUGAGGAAUUAAGGAUUCUUCCUAUGCUUUUAGUCCAGAGUUGAGGGUUGAGAGAACCAGGGCAAAAAUACAUGGCUAUUCCAGGUGGGGACAAGAUAGAGGCUUGGGCUUAAUGCUGGGUAAAUGGAAAAAGACGGGUUGGGUGGGGUGGUAAUAGGAAAAUUUGUGAGUGUUCCUUUGGGUAAAGGGGGUUUAGAGGCUCUGGGAGGCUUUGAGGGCAGGGCAGCUUUUCGGGGGGUAAUGUGUGAAUCAUGGAGUUCUGGUGGGUUCUCUUCUGCCUCCUUCACUGGCUUCCUGUGGUGAACUUGCUUGUGACAGGUAGUUUGCCCAGAUGUCCUGUUCCCUCUGCCCAGUGGGCAAAUGCAUACUGUCUUUAUAACUGAGCUCUUGCUUGUAGAUGCUACGGGGAGCAACCUCAGGGAGUCCUGCGGCCAUAGCUCCUUUGCUUCUCUUUCUGCUCAAUGCUUUGCCUCCAGGUGUUUGCUGUUCCUUAUCUUUCCUUUUGCAGGACUGGGGAAGAAUGGGAGGGGGUGUUUGAUAGGUUCCUUGUCAUUUUCCUGCAGCGAAGAUGGAUGAUUAGAGGGCCCAGCUAAUAAGCCUACCUUUGGUUACUACCCUGGGAAAUUGAGGGUUGAUUGUAGGGCUGUGAUUGUGGCCUGUGUAUUUGUAAUAGUUGUCAGUGUGGCUUUCUGUCAUCUUCCUUUGAUGGUUUUGCCACUGUCCCAGUCUCUGCGAGAAACAGCUUAAUGUGCUCUCUGGGCCAGUGUUGAUGUUUUUUCAUUGCCGUCCAGGCUGUUAGUGACCUGGCCUUCACGGUCACUAAGUGCCUGUCAUUUCUCGGUCCUGAUGUCCCAACUGCCUCAGCCCUCAGGCUUAUGCUUCAAGCCAGAAGGAGCUACAAAGUGAAAUCUUUUGUAAUUUUCUUUUCUCUUGCAGAUUGUUUUAAAAUCUCCCUUUCCUCUUUUUUAAAUUAUGCCACCUGUGUUAAUUCUGUAGCCCACUCAGCAUACUUUGCUUUUUGUGGAUUUAUGAUUUCCAGGGUCCUGUAACUUGGGGGAAGGUU